UUUCCUCCCUCCCUCUGCCGAUCAUCUCUCUCCGUCUGUACCUCUAUUCCUGCUCCACUAGCCCAAUCAUGGACCUCGCAUCGAGGUGUGCGUUCCUGCUCUCCAGCUUCGCCCUGCUCGCAGCGCUCGAUCUGGACGCGAUUGACCCAGGCUACUAUGUGGAGACCAGCAGCCCGUCAGAUGUGAUCGACUACAAAGAUCCCUGCAAAGCUGUUGCUUAUCUCGGAGAUAUUGCGCUGGAUGAGGAAGAUAUGCGCAUGUUUAAAGUGGACCGCAUUGUGAAUUUAGCAGAGAGAACAGUCACAGUUCUGAAUCACACAGAUGCGGGUUCACUUUCCAAUGAGACGGAUACAAACAAUACGGCGUCCCAUCGCAGGAAGAGGGCAGCGACGUCCAGAUCUGAGAGGGUUUGGCCCGAGGGCGUCAUUCCUUACGUCAUCAGCGGGAACUUCAGCGGAAGCCAGAGAGCCAUAUUCAGACAGGCCAUGAGACACUGGGAAAAACACACAUGUGUGACGUUCAUCGAGAGAACAACAGAAGAGAGCUACAUCGUCUUCACCUACCGGCCGUGUGGGUGCUGUUCGUAUGUGGGCCGGAGAGGAGGGGGUCCGCAGGCCAUAUCCAUCGGGAAGAACUGUGAUAAGUUUGGGAUUGUGGUGCACGAGCUCGGUCACGUGAUCGGAUUCUGGCAUGAACACACGCGACCCGACAGAGACGAUCAUGUCAGUAUCAUACGGGACAACAUUCAGCCAGGACAGGAGUACAACUUCCUGAAGAUGGAGCCUGGUGAGGUGGACUCACUCGGAGAGGUCUAUGACUUCGACAGCAUCAUGCACUAUGCUAGAAACACUUUCUCCAGAGGGAUAUUUUUGGACACCAUUCUGCCACGAUAUGAUGUUAACGGAGUACGGCCACCCAUCGGUCAGAGGACCAGAUUGAGCAAAGGAGACAUUGCACAGGCACGCAAACUUUACAAGUGUCCAAAAUGUGGAGACAGUUUGCAGGAGAGUAGCGGAAACCUCUCUUCACCUGGUUUUCCCAAUGGUUAUUCAGCAUAUAUGCACUGCAUAUGGAGAAUUUCAGUCACACCGGGAGAAAAGAUCAUUCUGAACUUUACAUCUAUGGAUUUAUACCGGAGUCAUUUGUGCUGGUAUGAUCAUGUGGAGAUCAGAGAUGGAUUUUGGAGGAAAGCACCACUAAAAGGUCGAUUUUGUGGGGAUAAAUUACCGGAGCCGAUCAUCUCUACAGACAGUCGCCUUUGGAUUGAGUUUCGCAGCAGCAGCAACUGGGUGGGAAAGGGCUUCUCUGCUGUUUACGAAGCUAUUUGCGGUGGGGAGGUGAAGAAAGACAAUGGUCAAAUUCAGUCUCCGAACUACCCAGACGACUACAGACCUAACAAAGCAUGUGUGUGGAAGAUCACUGUGGCUCAGGGUUACCAUGUAGGCCUUACCUUCCAGUCGUUUGAGAUCGAGAGACAUGAUAACUGUGCGUACGACUACCUGGAGGUUCGAGAUGGGAACUCAGAAAACAGCCCGCUGUUGGGCAGAUUCUGUGGUUAUGACAAACCCGACGAUAUUAAAUCCAGUUCCAACCAGCUCUGGAUGAAGUUUGUGUCUGACGGUUCUGUCAACAAGGCUGGAUUUGCUGCUAAUUUCUUCAAAGAAAUGGACGAGUGCUCCAGACCCGACAACGGUCGCUGUGAGCAGCGCUGUGUCAACACGCUCGGCAGUUACAAGUGUGCCUGUGACCCUGGGUACGAACUGGCGGCAGACAAACGGAGUUGCGAGGCUGCCUGUGGUGGUUUCAUCACCAAGCUGAAUGGGUCCAUCACCAGUCCAGGCUGGCCCAAAGAGUAUCCACCCAACAAGAACUGCAUCUGGCAGCUGGUGGCGCCCACGCAGUACCGCAUCACGCUGCUCUUCGACGUCUUCGAGACAGAGGGGAACGAUGUGUGUAAAUAUGACUUUGUUGAGGUGAGAAGUGGUCUGUCUGCCGACUCCAGACUGCACGGGAAAUUCUGCGGAGCUGAGAAACCAGAGGCCAUCACCUCUCAGUACAACAACAUGCGCAUUGAGUUUAAAUCUGACAACACUGUCUCCAAGAAGGGUUUCAAGGCCCAGUUCUUCUCAGAUAAAGACGAGUGCUCUAAGGAGAACGGCGGAUGUCAGCACGAAUGUGUGAACACCUUUGGCAGCUACAGUUGUCAGUGCAGAAGUGGCUUCGUUCUGCAUGAAAACAAACAUGACUGCAAGGAAGCCGGCUGUGAUCAUGUUGUGAACAGCGUGAGCGGGACCAUCACCAGCCCCAACUGGCCAGAUAAAUACCCCAGUAAGAAGGCCUGCACCUGGGCCCUCUCCACCACCCCGGGACAUCGGAUCAAAAUAGCUUUCAAUGAAAUCGACAUGGAGCCUCAUCUGGAAUGUGCUUAUGACCACAUUGAGAUUUACGACGGUCGAGAUGGGAAGGCACACAGCCUCGGACGAUACUGUGGCACCAAGAAGCCUCAACCGAUCAUAUCCUCCAGCAACAAGAUGUUCAUCCGCUUCUUCUCUGAUAACUCAGUGCAGAAGAAAGGCUUCGAGGCUUCCCAUACUGCAGAGUGUGGAGGCCGUCUGAAAGCGGAGGUGAAAACUAAAGACCUCUACUCUCAUGCCCAGUUUGGUGACAAUAACUACCCCGGGGCGUCAGACUGUCAGUGGGUGAUCACAGCAGAGAAGGGCUACGGCGUGGAGCUCAUCUUCCAGACCUUCGAAAUAGAGGAGGAGGCCGACUGUGGCUAUGAUUACAUGGAGCUGUUUGAUGGGGCGGACACCAAAUCACCCAGACUAGGCCGCUACUGUGGAUCAGGGCCUCCAGAAGAGAUCUACUCUGCCGGCGACUCCAUUGUCAUCAAAUUCCGCUCAGAUGACACCAUCAAUAAGAAGGGCUUCCAUGUGCGUUACACCAGCACCAAGUUUCAGGACACACUCCACUCCCGUAAGAAGUGACCUCUAGUGGCCGGGAGGGGCCGUGCAGGGCCUAGGGGGAAGCGAAAGGGUCCCAAGGGGAGGGCCUCGCCCAUCGCUCGGAGCCCCCCGGCCGCCAAGAACACCCAGACUCGACGGACCAGCCGCAAGAACGCCAACCGCACCUCAGUAGUUCACAGGGGUUCUGGCAUCCCCUACUGACUGUGAGGAGUAAAGCCAUUCCGCAGUAGACCUUGUUUUUACCUUUUUUUUUAAUUAUUACUUUUGGGGCAAGAUGUGGAGAGGGGAAUGUAUUCAGUUGCUGGAUACCAAUAUAGGGGCAAAAUCAAAAGGGGAGGGUGGGAAGGGUGGGCGUAGCUGAUCGGAUACUGGAAUCCCCCCGUUUGUCAACUUUCAUGAGCCGAGAGUGUGUUGAAAAACACAAAUACACUGAGGAACUCCUGCAGGAGAACCGAGCAAACUCACCAAACCAGUCAUCUGUGCAACAGUGGGAUAGAGGAAGUGAAAAAUGAGCGAAGCAUGGGCAUUCAGGACGGUGUUCCUCGCAUGUUUUCCAACCUUGCACCUUGAAAUUUACCGCUGCACUGUGGGGAAACAACCAUCUCUUCUUGACAUUAUUGGCAUUGAUUGUUCAUAAAGAGUCUCGUAGGCCAUUGUGGGCCUGUUUCUUUGUCGUUACUUGAGCAAAUGACACUGUAUGUCAAAGAGAUGCAUGUGGUACAGCUAGAAGGAAAUGUGGACGUAAUGGCACCAGCAUUUGUAAUAACUCGUUUUUUUUCCUGGCCAGUAAUCUAGAAGGUUCCCUGCCCGAUAUGAUCACUCUCCAGGAGGUUUUCCAGAAUCAGUUAUCACAUUAAAAGACUAAUAAACAACUCGUGGCCCAAGUCUUUUGGCUGUUAAUUGCUUUUGCAUAAAAAACAGGAUGGUAUGGUGGAAAAUGCUUAGCUUUUGUUAGGUUAGAUUAAGCACACACUUUUUUCAAGGUCUUGAUAAUUUGGUGCUGUCCUCGUAUCACACUCUGUGCUUCGCCAAUCAUGAACAAAUUAGGCACAAUUGCAUGAAAAUUGGUGGGCCCUUUUGUGUCCUGACAUCCUACAGCUGUAUUCUUUCAUUUUCUUUUUCAGGCUCUUUCCUCGCAGUCCAUGACCGAAAGUUGUUUUCAAAAUAUAUAGCAUCACUAGUGUAAGGACCUCAGUCAGGGUAGUCAAUGUAAAAAAUGUAAACUUAGACAUGACCUUAAAGAGGUAGUUCAGCCAAAGAUUCUGUCAUCAUUUACUUCAAAUUUGAGUAAAUGACUUACUUUCUUCUGUGAAACACAAAAGAAGCCAUUUGGAAGAAUGUUUUUGUCCAUACAAUGACUCCAAAUUAAACAUAAUGUUGGACCCCAUUGACUUUUGUUGUAUGGACAAAAAAGCCUCAAAAUGUCUUGUGUGUGUUCUGCAGAAGAAAGAAAGGAACAUUGUAAUUUGAGGUUGAGUAAAUAAUUGCAAGAUCUUCAGUUUUGGGUGGAUUAUCUCUUCAAGACCUAAAACCUAUUCAGUGAACUAUUUGCGUAUCUCGUUUUACAAUUACAAUUUUGAGUUAAUACCUGAAAGGACUGUACUUUUUAACAAUCCUCAGAUGUCCUAUUGCUAGGUAGAUGUUGCUCUUACACCGCCGACUAUGGGAAAACUGUUAAAACUGUAAAAUGUUCAUUUGUACCAAUAACGUACCUCAGCGUGUGGGAGACCGGUGGGAUGGUGCUAUUUCAAAUGAGUCCUGCGCCCCAGUUCUUUCAGUCGCUCUUUCUUCAUUGAUAUCCAGUGUCAGUUGGGAAAAGAGCUUGUUUGAUGUCAAAUCUGUGUGGAAUAGUGCUGAAGAGCGUGAUCUCCAGGGCUGAUCAUUUGAUCUGAAGUGUUAGCACACUCCAUUUCCAGGAUCAUCCCUGUGAAGUGUGCUGCUCCCUACCUCUCUCGCUUUCUGUCUCCUGCAGAACUCCUUCAAAGGCUGUUGACUUGGUCUCCUCCGUCUCAACCACUCUUUUCAUCAUAUGAUAUCAUUUCACACCUGUUUGCCUUUGUGGAUUUUCCUAAAGCUCUUUUAAAUCUCAGGUUCAGGAUAUCUGAUUGUUGUUACCCACUGAAUCAUUCCAAGACACUAGAUUUUAAUCGUUUGCAGGACUUGGUGACUGUUUGACUCGGAUGUGUGAGAUCCAGGAAGGCAAAUGAUGAGGAUUAUGAGAUUUAGAGGACACAUUUUGGGGUUUUAAAAGGUUUUAGACAAUGCCUUCCAUCUGAACCUUGAAUCAGUUCACCUCGAGCCACGAGUGCUGUGACCAAACAAGUUGCUCGAUGUACGAUCUUGCAAGCUUACCCUCAUGCUCAAGAUCGACUAACUUCUAUCCUAGUUCUUCAAACUGAUUUUAUUUUGUGUUUAAGAUACCCAGUUUAGCAUCUCUGUAUUUGAAUAUGCUUCCUAGCAUAGCUUUUUAGAGUAGUGGAGCACUUGUUCAUUUUGCUAAUCGAAGCACAUCCUCCUAAGCAUUAUUAAUGUUUUUAAUGCCCAUGUUAUUUCUUGUUAGAAAUAGUGUUUUGUGGGUGAACUCGGGCUUCAAAUGAUCUGUUUUAGCACAUGUUACCUCAGCAUUUAUUCACCCUGACUGGCCUUCCCACACAAGACUUGGUACAUGUUUAUGCAUUUUAUCAUAUGUAUGUAUGUAAAUAUGUAUUAAUGUAUUCAAAGUACACUAAACCAUAGACAACUUGGAGAACUAAGGCUAUGUGUAAUUGCAGACAAAAGAUGCAAUUUAUUUAUAUUGUAUAGCUAAUUUUCACCUAUGUAUUGCACAUAGUGUUAACAAGUGCAUCUAUUUCAUAAAAUGUCAUUUUCAUUUUGAAA